AUGUCAAAACUGUGUGGUUUGAACGUAGUUCAGCUACGAGAAGAACUACAGAAACGAAGCCUUGUCACAAGUGGCAACAAAGAAGUACUAGUAGCACGUCUGAGAGAAGCUCUCAUUGACGAAGACAGAGGUGUUAAAACAGAUCAAAGAACAGUUCGAACGACAGUCCGAACGACAGACAGAAGAGUUAAAACAACAGAUCAAGGAACAGUCCGAACAGAUCAAAGAACAGUCCGAACGACAGACAGAGGAGUUAAAACAGAUCAAAGAACAGUCCGAACGACGGUCCGAACAGAAGAGUUUAAACAACAGAUCAAGGAACAGUCCGAACGACAGACAGAGGAGUUAAAACAGAUCAAGGACAAGCUAAAACACGUAAAAUUGGAAGUGGCAGAACAGAUUGAAGAACAGUCAACAAGAAUAGAAAUGAUCGAGCAGAAACUUGAUCGUCAGACCGUUGAGGUAGAUCACAAGAUAGACAAAUUGAAGCGAGAAUUGGAGCAAUCCAAAAAAAUGGCCAUGCCGUUAGAUCACGCAUCCGGAAGAACUUUGAAGGUACCAGCAUUUGACGGAGAGAUGUCCUGGAACGUUUAUAAAACCUAUUUCGAAGCAGCGGCAACUAGUAACUGUUGGAACGGAAAAGAACGAGCAACAGCACUGAUACUGGCUCUGCGAGGUUCAGCAGCAGAGGUUCUUCAGACGAUUUCGGCGGAGAACCACUUCAACUAUGAAGUUCUGGUUAGCGCGUUGGAUUUACGUUAUGGUGAAGAACACAUGAACCAGAUUUAUCGGUCUCAGCUUAGAAACAGAACGCAACGAUCUGGUGAAUCCAUUCAGCAGCUGGCUCAAGAUAUCGAACGGUUGACAUUGCUGUCGUAUCCGACAUCAGACCCCGAGCAUAGAGACGAAACUGCCCUGGAUACGUUUAUCAAAGCCCUUCAUGAUUCGGAACUCAAGCAAUUCCUUCUCUUGUCAGAUAAACGAAAACUCAAGGAUGCCGUUGCGCACAAUCUCGCUUUUGAAUCGGCAAAGCAAGCAUCAAAAAGUGACGUACGUCUACGCCAAGUACAUGAAGAAUGCUCUUGCCAGAAGGUGGUUGUGAAACGCGAACCCCAACAGCUUAGUGUACCCCAAUGCUGGAUUUGUGGUGAAAAAGGCCAUCUACGUCGUGAUUGUAAACAUCGCCUAAAAGAUAACUACUGCCGAAAUUGCGCGACAAGAUGGCGCAAAAAAAGAGAAGAUGAUCCUGUAUCACGAUCGGCCCCUUCUAACGAAGGGGCGGAAAACUAA